AUGCCGAGUGCAAUUGGUGAAAUAAGGGGAGAUCUUAAGGACGCACAAGAUUGUAUUAAAAAGGAUGUCCAUAACUGUGAGGAGAAAAUAAGGAAUAAAAUAGAACAAAAAAAGAGGGCAUGCGAAGAAAGAAGAGCGGAGAGGUUGAUGGUAUUCACAACAGGGAUAAGUGAAGAUCUAGUUGCAACGCAGAAAGACGCAGAAGAGACGGAGAAAACAACGACGGACGGCGAGAAGAACCGCGAGAUGACUCCAGAAAAAGGAAGCCAAGCCGAAAUAAAGCAAAACGGAAAGGCGAAGAAGGGAAAAACGGCCGAAGAAAGCGAGGUGACAAAAAAUGGGAAAGAAACCCCCGCCAUCAAGGAAAAACGAACCCCGCGAGGAGGAGCAAAAAAAAACACUAAUAAGCGCAAGAAAGUGUCGAUACAAGAAGCUGAGGAGAUCGUUGAACUACAUGAUUCUCUAGGUAAGAAAGGAAAUGCUUACGAAGAAGAAGAGAUGAAACGAUUAAGGAAAGUACUGUAUGAAGAAAGACGAAAGAAGGAAGAUUUGGUGAGGGAGCGUAUAAGGUUGGAAAGGCAAAAUGAGAAAUUUUUUAUUAAGAACAAUCAUCUAAAAAGGAAGCAAGCGGAAGGUAAUGCACAAAGAGGAAAAUAUGCUCCAGAAAAGGCAUUAGCAAUGGAAGGACAUCGCGAAUACCGGCGAGAAAACAAGGGACGACGAGAACAAAAUGAACGGGAAGAUCUAAAAAGAGCAAUAGUGAAUAGCAGGAGGAAAUUCAGAGAAAGAGAGUAUCUAAUGCAUCAAUCGACGAUGGCCGGUGGGAAAAGGAGCAAUAUCCCGGUGACAAAAAAGACGACCGGACUACAACCAGAAAUGAUGAACAAAUGCGCGAAAAACGAACCGUGCAUGCCGGAAAUAGCGGCACUGUUCUCGUUAAAGUAA